UAGAAUCACUUUAUUAAGCGAGUCAACGUUAUAUAUGUAAUCUGCUUUUGUUUAAAUUCUGUUAAAAACCGCGCGAAGCCGCCGCCGCCGUUUUCGUGGCCUGGCGCCGACAAUUGCGUUCGGGGUUGCGGGCUGCGCGAACCGCUUCUUUUAACCGGCGCCGAGGCUGCUCGUGAAACGGAAAAAAGAUUAUUUGUCGGGCCGAGUACGGAAUAUUAGGGCUCAUUGUGAACAAUCGCGUUUCAUCAGUAAAAAUCAAGGCUUAACUGCGUCUAAUAAGGAUCAAUUCACGAAUAGUUGCCGCCGUAAUAGCGGCGCGCGCUCGCCUGCCGGAACGGGCGUAAGUGGCGGGCGGAACGGAGUGUUUUGGCGGUGGGCGGCGGGCAGGUAGCCAGGUAGGCAGGCAGCCAGGUAGGCGCUAAUUGGACGACACCUGCGGCACCUGAACCAUGGAGGGCGGGCCCUUCGACGACAACCUCUUCUCCGACUUCGGCGGCUGCGUGUCGGGCUCCAGCACGCUGCUCAGCGCGAGGGCGCACGCCGAGUCCCGCGGCAAUGUCCACUCCAUUCAGGUGAUGCUGGGUCUCCAGCACUCGGACAUUCUGCUGGGCAAGAUGGACGGCGGCGCCGGCGCCGGCUCCGGCGGGGGCGGGCAGGGCCAGGACGGCGGCACAGGAGGCAGCGGAGGCGGCGGGGGCGGCGGGGGCGGGCUGUUCAGCGCGGCUGGUGACGCGGGCCCCGGGCCCACGCCGCCGCUCGUCACGCAGCCUGCCGCCAAGCGCAAGGAUGACCCGCUGUUGCAGCACGCCGACUCACAGCAGCAACAGCAGCAGCAGCAGCAGACCUUCAUCGUCUCCGCAGCCAUGGAGACUCCUACCCAGACGCCGACGACGACGUCCAAGAAGUCAGAGUCGAAGAGCAAAAAGAGUGACAAUAACGGAGUGAAGAAGAAGAAAACGAGGACGACGUUCACGGCGUACCAGCUGGAGGAGCUGGAGCGCGCGUUCGAGCGGGCGCCGUACCCCGACGUGUUCGCGCGCGAGGAGCUGGCGCUCAAGCUGAGUCUCAGCGAGUCGCGCGUCCAGGUGUGGUUCCAGAACCGGCGCGCCAAGUGGCGCAAGCGGGAGCCGCCGCGCAAGACCGGCUACCUCGCCACCGGAGGCUCGGCGAGCGCGUCACUGUCGUCGUUCGGCUCGCUGAACAGCUCGCUUGGCCCGUUCUCCGGGGGCGGCGUGGGCGUCGGCGUGGGCGUGUCGGCGCCGGGCGACUCGUGGGCCGCCUACUCGCCGGCGGCGUACGAGCUGUCGCCGCACCUCAACCUGCUCAACGCGCCCUACUCCAGCUCGCCCUUCGGCGCGCCCUCCACAGGACCCUACUCGUACGCCUCCAUGCUGCAGCCGCAGCACGACGCCUCGCUCUUCCGGUCACAGCACCAGCUGGACGAGUCGGGUGCGGUGCUGGGCCAGCACCAGGACUACGACGACAGCCCGGGGGUGGCGCUGCGCCACCAGGACUACGUGGGCGGCGGCGGGGGCGGCAGCCCGCGGCACGGCCACCACGACUACGGCGCGCCGCCCCCGCCGCCCCCGGGGGCCGGCUCUCCUGCCUCCGUGCGCCAGCAUCACGACUACGUCACAGCCACUGGUGAGUACCUGCACGACUUGACUCGACAGUCGAAAUCUCGUUCUCAGCUGCCAUUGCUGGGCUACGGCGGCGGCUCGCCCGGCGGGCUGCGCCACCAGCAGCCGCAGCACCACGAGUACGCCGACGGCGGCAGCCCGAUGCGCGAGUACCAGACCAUGGUGGCCGCGCCGCACCACCACAUGACCAUCGACGGCGCCAAGGGCAUCGACUACAUCGACGUGGAGGACAUGAGCCCGCAGAAGUACCAGGAGGAGCUGCUGGCCCACGAGAAGCGCGCCGCCGACGCGGGCUACAUCCUCACCGCCGCCCCCGCCAACGGCAACGGCGGCGGCAACGGGGGGCCCGCCGGCCGCAAGGACGGCGUCUCCGUCAAGACGGAGCAGACCUACGUCACGCUGCCGCCCUUCCUCGGAUGACUCCGGGCCAACAUCAGUGCUGGCCACUCCAUAGAGGACAUCGUCUUCGUGUAGAGAACGGUAGCGACCGGCCUGGGAAGCGCCGGCAAACACACGACAGCUAACUACGAGUCUGCCCAACGUUGCGUACAGUACAUUCUGCUUUGAGAGCUAUGUAGUCGUAUCGAGAGCCAAAGGCUAAUUUAAGCAUAUUAAUGGUACUAGGAACAAGCGAACCGACAAUACCGCAACUGCAAAUUAUCACAAUUUAUUGCUUGAUAACUCAUAAAGUAAGUGCAGUAUCGCUGGUUACACAAAAGGCGAGCCCUUCACAAGCGUUAAAAUUUUUGCUCACGGUGUGUUACAGUAAGCAGAUCAGUCUGCAAAGGCCGACGAACAGAAGGCUGGAUAGAUCGAUGAAAUCCUGGUUCCAUUCCUUCUUAUAAUUUACGUCUUCUUUUCCUAUGGUGCCGACUUAAUCAAUAAGUUUACGCCGCUAUCACAAACAGUACUUGAUGAGCCCUGAUAUCGUGUUGUCUGAGGGGAAACGAAAAUGCUAUUGCAUGCAGGACUAAUUACGUUACCAUACAUACUUCCACAACACAACGAUAAGACGAACAUCCAAGCAUUUUAAAUACAGCCUUGAGGAUCGUAAUAUUUUGCCAGGCAUUAGUAAUUUUCUACGCCUGGUGUAAAUUGUUCUAUGAUGGUUUGAUAACAGUUACUGUAGCCAAGCAGUGUGGCUUUAUCGCAGCUGUAAGCACACUUGACCUUCUGGAGUCUGUGUUGCGAUCGCUCCAUUCUCUUCGCCACUUUUCACGAAGAUUUCUAUCCAGAUAGCGCCCUCAGUUAAGAUUUUAGUAAUAAUUCUGAUUCCUUACACCAUCUCUAUAUUUUUCCCCGUCGGGCCUGGUGAUCUAGUCGUGCAGCGUAUGCCCAGCUUUUACAUCUCAAUGAUGUGAGGAUUCGCCAGGAAAGACACAUGGCUCGUAUUCGACGUUACACCGUAGGUCCUCUUUCCCCGGAAGGGUUACUGUGAACAGACAAGUCGCUGAAAUGGCGUCCAAUUGAAAAAUUUUGCAUCAGGCCGUUGAGCCACAUGAAAUUAUUUCUUUAGGUUCUCCAGUGCUUUUAACAAUAUUAACUGCUGAUACUGUGGUGAAUCUCUGUGAUAGCAGGAAAUUUAUUACGAACGGCCUUCGUGGGAAAGAUGGCACGUCACCUUGAUUCCAAUUAACCAAUAUUUCCUUAUUAUGUUCAUCAGUAAUAUAACAUGCACCUUCUUUUCCUCUCAUUCUGGCGAGUAAAUAAUAACGCUGGAAAAGACAAAAGCGGACAGGUCUGAAGGUGCAGCAAAUAAGUGAAGUUGCUAUUGCAACGAGGCCAUUCCCCUACUCACCCUUGAGAUUUUCACCUAGCGAGGUGGCGCAGUGGUAGCACACUGGACUCGCAUUCGGGAGGACGAUGGUUCAAUCCCGUCUCCAGCCAUCCUGAUUUAGGUUUUCCGUGAUUUCCCUAAAAUCGUUUCAGGCAAAUGUCGGGAUAGUUCCUUUGAAAGGGCGCGGCCGAUUUCCUUCCUAAUCCGAGCUUGCGCUCCGUCUCUAAUGACCUCGUUGUACACGAGACGUUAAACACUAACCUAACCUAACCUUGAGAUUUUCAGUUUAGCUGCAGGCUCCAUUCCCUGUUCUUCAAAUGGAGAAUUACUUCCAGCCUUCACAAUAGUCAGCUGUAUUCGGGAUCUUCUAAACAUAGGCUAUAGGACCUAUCCAACGCUUCGAGAGACUCCAACCUGUUUGCAGGAGUUUAACUCUUCUUACUACCAGUCGAGCCGAAAAGAUCACAUUUCAAAUGUAAACGACAAUGUUAACACUGCAGAUUGUCACUGUGUUACUUUACAUAAGUCACCUGCAGAGGCCAUUAUUAUCUAUAUAUGGCUUAUCAGAUCCCAAUCGCUGUAAACGCAUGCCUCGUUAGCAUAAUGCGAACAGACAGAAACUAUAAUUUCUUGAUACGUGUUUGCGCCAAUUUAAAAACUAAUGACGACUCCAGUACCAUUAAUGAUGCCUUGUUAACACCUUUAUAUGAAAACAAAAGUAAAUAACCUAUUUUUGUAUCCUUUUUACAGCAAAAAUUCUAGGAAAGUCUACUAACGCUACAAAAAUCCUUAAAAAAGAAAAGUCUUCCCGAAAAAAGUCCAGUUUAACAGCUUUGCUCAGUGAUGUUCUCAUUGAACACAAAAACGCAGGCAAGACUUUGCUACUGUGUUAACGUCCAGCGCUGAUGUGAAGUUACGUUUGAAUCUCUUGUGUCACUACAGAAACUAUUCUCCAUGAAGAAUGUGUAACGUUUGCUCCUUUUUAUGAAUGGACGAAAUAAAAAUUGAACGAGUAUUAGCUUAGUUUUAGUUAUACAGCACCAACCGCUGAGUUUUAGUGCUUCAAGGAACUGAAAUAUCGAAUUCUUCAUCUUCUAGACAACGAAUUUUCUAACGCGCAGUGCGAUAAAUAAUGUUUUGUGUUCGAUGUACAUGUGUAACACUCAUUAUAAGUCAUUUCUCAAUUAAGUAUGUAAUUCAUGAAGUAAGUUCGCUCUUCCUUAUUGUUUGCAUUUAAGUAACAAUGGAACUCAGCCAUAGAAUUCCAAAUUUACAUGUGCCAAAGUCUUUUUUCUUAAUUCUGGAUUGUCGGGCCUAAAAUUAAUGGAAGUAGAUGUCUUGAGAUGUAAUUGUACAGUAAAUAACUUAAACGGUCUUGGAAGGCUGUAUCAACUGCUAAUAGGGCAGAAAGUGCAUUCACGUGCCUUUACAAUUUACAGUAUCCAACAAUGAGUGUUGGUGAACUGCACAUGUGUAUAAUUUUAGGCUGCCUGAGAGGGAUCAAUAAAAUAAUUAAUGGUUGAAAUAUGUAAUAUAAAGCGCUGUUUUAGAGAGAAAGAUUAAGUGGACAAACUUUUAGGUGUAACGAGAAGACAUUGAAGGUGAUAAUAUUUCUUAUUUGCAAAUGUACGAGUUGUUUUCUCCAUGAAAUAUGACAAAUGAAAAUUAAUAUUUUACUUUACUUAAUUUCUCCUGUUGUAAAUUUGUGUGACAAAAUAUUUUGAAAUUAA